AUGGACGCAGCGUUCAUGGCGGAUGACCCGAAUACCCGGAGCCAGAUAUUCGGGUCGCUCAUGCAAUCGUUCGGAUGCGUCUACGUUUGUCUCUGGUCUUAUUUUCCUCGCCCAUCUAAUUAUUUAAUAUCGUUGGAUGGGUACUACAAUGAAGCUCCCGAGGAACCCUCUACCUCGUCCGCAAGUUUAGUUAGGAGGCUGUUUGAUGAGUAUCGCCAAACGGUGAUCCCUCUUGAAGAUGGACGAGUUCCGGGCAUGGCGUUCGCGAAGAAUCGUCCGUACGUGGAGCUUCGGCCACCGGAGAUCCUAAGGCUUGCUUGUAAUGUUGCUCAACGCCUCUUCUAUCACGAAGCUAAGAUUCGGACGGUGGUUUUCAUGGGGUGCCGGAGCGGCGAGAUUGAACUAGGCAUGACGUAUGAUGCUGCACAAAUGAAAAUAGAAGCCGGUCUCAGAGAAUGGUUCCCCGAAGACUUCCAGAGAAAGUCUCCGAUCCAAUCAGAGUAUCCCCUGCCGCCGCCGCCGUCGUCUUCGUCUUCCUCCCUUAGAUCGCUCGACAGCCCCAACAUAUCGGAAUAUUCCUCUCUCCUGUUCCCCGUCACCGUCACCGUUAACCCUUCGACGACCCUUUUGACGGAAACCGUUAACCCUCCGUUGGUGCCCAUCACAACAAGCAUGAUCCAAGAAGGGCAACAGUCGCUUCACGCGAUUCGCCAACGCGAAGAGGAGGCCAUGACCCGGGCGAUUCUAGCGGUAUUAUCCGCGCCGUCAAGUCCUCCGUCAACGUCUUCCUCCCCGAAGAAGCUUAAACCGAGGGUGAGCGCUUUCAAGAGGUAUUUCAGCGGUAGCGGUAGCGGUGGCGGCGGUAGCGUUAACCUAAGGAAGCAAACAAGUAUGACGAAAAGGGCGAUCGCGUUUUACGGUCGGCUUAACGUUUUGAGGCGAGAGCGUUUGGUUCUCGGCGGUCCAACCGCGACGCAGUUGCAUCACAUGAUAUCUGAGAGGAAACGUCGUGAAAAGCUCAACGAGAGCUUCCAAGCACUGAGAUCGCUCCUUCCUCCAGGAACUAAGAAAGACAAAGCAUCAGUGCUAGCAGGUGCGAGAGAGCAGUUAGCCUCACUUCAAUCGGAAGUCACGAGGCUUAGUUCGAGAGCUCGGGAGCUAGAGGCGGAGCUAACGGGGGAGAGCGAGAUCGAAAGCCUCCAACCGGGCGAGAGGUUUAGCGUUAGGACAAGGCAAGUGCCGGAAUCGACUUCAAGAGAGAGGACCGUGGAUCUAAGAGUGGUCCUAAGUGGAGAAAACGUUAGCGUUGAUGAUUUGGUGAUAAGGCUUCUCGAGUUCUUGAAGCCGAUAACCAAUGUUAGCUUGGUUUCUGUUGAAGCUCAAAUUCGGACAGAAGAAGGCGGGGAUUCAUCUUCUGUUGUCGCGAGCUUAAGGCUCAAGAUCGAGGGUGAAUGGGACGAAUCCGCCUUCCAAGAAGCUGUCAAAAGAGUUAUAGCUGAUUUGGCUCACUGACAAGUUUGAUUAUUUCCUAACCAACCAAAAAUAUGUACUUUUUUUCCCUCGAUUUAAAUUAUAAUAUAUGGUCGAGAACUAUAAUUUAAAUCGAGAUGGUUAAUUGUUUAUGGCAGUCCAUUUAUACUCGGGCGAAGUGGCGGCUCCCCCCGUCGUUUUCCCCAUGGUCGUCUUCUUGGUGUUUCAGCCGUUGAUGACCAAUUUACCGGACCAAUCACCGCCGUCUAUUUUUUCUUUUUAUUUUUCAUUUCCAUUACCUAAGACACGAUGCAAUUUUGUAUUUUUUUCUUUAAAACAAAUUCAUGUAUGCACUCUUUCGA